AUGUUUCGUAUGAGGAUCAAGUUGCCACCCAAAUCUUCUGAGUACUUGGCCGCUGUACGUUGGGCGAACCACAAGGAGACGCGCACGGAGGCGCGAAGCGGGGGGCUGUACGUGGACAACACGCCCCAAGGUGGAGGCGUGGCACUAUCGAGCAAUUCUAGGGAUGUGGAGACCACCAAACUCGUGGAUGAGCACGUGUCAACCGAGUACAAAGAUCCGCAUUUGGUUGAAGACGAAUUCAAAGAUGUUCCAGAAUCAUUGGAGUAUGAUGCGAACCACAAGGAGACGCGCACGGAGGCGCGAAGCGGGGGGCUGUACGUGGACAACACGCCCCAAGGUGGAGGCGUGGCACUAUCGAGCAAUUCUAGGGGUAAGGGCAAUGAAGGUGGGAUCUUCAAUGAAAGGCGCAAGGAAUACUUAUUCUUGUUUGAGUUUCCGGGAUACUCUGAAGAUGUGGAGACCACCAAACUCGUGGAUGAGCACGUGUCAACCGAGUACAAAGAUCCACAUUUGGUUGAAGACGAAUUCAAAGAUGUUCCAGAAUCAUUGGAGAUCAAGUUGCCACCCAAAUCUUCCGAGUACUUGGCCGCUGUACGUUGGGCGAACCACAAGGAGACGCGCACGGAGGCGCGAAGCGGGGGGCUGUACGUGGACAACACGCCCCAAGGUGGAGGCGUGGCACUAUCGAGCAAUUCUAGGGGUAAGGGCAAUGAAGGUGGGAUCUCCAAUGAAAGGCGCAAGGAAUACUUAUUCUUGUUUGAGUUUCCGGGAUACUCUGAAGAUGUGGAGACCACCAAACUCAUGGAUGAGCACGUGUCAACCGAGUACAAAGAUCCACAUUUGGUUGAAGACGAAUUCAAAGAUGUUCCAGAAUCAUUC